AUGUCAGGAAUGAGUUUGAAGUUACUAUUAAUGUGGUUAUGUUGUGUUAUGGUGUGGUUUGGUCUGGUAUUGGGUAGUAGUAGUGAUAGCAGUACUAACUCAGAUGAAAUGGAGUUACAGUCAAGUGUCGAAUUCUGGUAUCCUUUCGCUCAAAUGCUCUUAGAAGAUGGUCCAUGCGUAGAAAGGGAUGCUUUUGAUUUAUCUGGUCUAGAUAACUUCAAUAGCGAAAUGCCAGAACACCAAAUACAGUUAGAGAGAAAAAGAAUAACUGCUUGUUUGGAGUUGUUGGGUAUAAUAGUUCAACCUUUGGUAGGAGACCGGUUGAUAGAAUCUCGUAAUUCAGAUGGCACCAUAGGCUGGACUCUUAAGAUGAUUUCAAAGGAGGAUCGAACGAAAAUGCUAAAAGACAUGCAGGUAGAUGAACUAACAGACUAUUUGUCUAAUUUGACAGAAAUACCGGGCGUAUAUGAAGUCUCCGACAUAUAUCGCCGCCAGGCACUGAAAAUAGACGUGGGUUGGUUUUAUAUUAUCUCAAUUUUCAACCUAACUAGUACUAACCCAAAUGAGGAAUCAAUAACCUACAAACACUAUCUAGAAGUCUUAAAGCCCCUGAAAAAGAUCACUAGUCCGGAUCAGGUAUGGAUUGUCGGAAAGUCAACGACAAAUGUGAUACUAGACCGACUUAAGCUGUUAUUGUUUCUACUGCGGAUCGCGGAUACUCCUAUAAUCAAAUUAGACUGGAUAGACAUGAGUAUGGCCCCGUUUGAUGUGAAACCAAUAUAUAGGUUUAGACCUUUACUGGAGGACAUCCCCGCGAAGCUGAAAAAGAAUGAACUUGUUAUUAAGAUCAUUAGUGCAUGUAAUAAUGUGUUUUGGAACGCCUUCUUUGAUUUGCUCGGCGAAAAAUACGAUAUUAAAACGAAACAGGUGGAAGCUUAUCCACUAGUGUCGCCUAAUGCCAACCCAACUUAA